GUCGUAUCCAUUAGAGGAUUACAAAAAAACGUUUGUGUUCCCUGACGAUGUAGCAAUUAAUCUUUGAAGGACUGAUAAGUAACAUACGAUCAAAAACACUAGAAGUACAGCUGUUUUUCUUAAUUAGCUUAUUGAGAAAAUGCUCAUACUUCUGUUAAUGCUGUUAUACUGGACAGUCGUCAAUACAGGUGUAUCCACAGGUUCUCACUCAUUGGUGACUUUGGUAACAUAUAUAGUUGGACAAACACCAUUUCCUGAGUUCAGUGUUGUGGUGAUGGUGGAUGAUCUGCAAAUUGGAUAUUAUGACUCGAUCACAUGGAAAGCUGUCUAUCGCUCUCACAGUGAUCCAAAAUACUAUGAUGAAGAGCAAAGUGAUGCUGGUGUUGUAUUUCGUCAUAUGUAUAACAGCGUGAAAGAUCGAGCAUUUUAUCUUAAAAAUCUACAAAAUGACACAGAUGGUGUAUAUGUUCUUCAAAGAGUUAACGCAUGCGAAUUGUUGAGCGAUGAUAAACCAGGUCUAGUUCAUUCCUUGGAUGCUUUUGGUGGGCAAAAUGUGGAGGAGUUCAUUAUUGACACACAAAAAAAUGAUUUCCAGAUGAAAAAGCCAUGGAUGAUAUCAUGGGACCAAGUAAAAUGGUAUAAUGUAAAGUAUAUGUAUGAAAAUGUUUAUCAUCCUAUUUGCAUUAAAGUUUUGCGGAGGUACCUGGAUAUUGAAAAGAACAAUGUGAUGAGAAAAGUGAAACCCAGAGUCAGACUCAUGAGGAAAAUGCUCACAGACUCUCAAGAGCUUCAGAUCAGUUGUCUGGCCACUGGUUUUUACCCCCGUCACAUUAACCUGACCCUGUUCAGAGAUGAUCAGCCUGUGGAUGAUGAUCAGAUCACAGGAGGAGAGAUUCUGCCCAACGGAGAUGGAACUUACCAGAUGAGGAGGAGUUUGAUGAUCAGUAAAGAAGAGCUACGUGAGCAACAUAAAUACAACUGCACAAUAAAGCACCUCAAUCUGGACAACAAACUAGACAUUACAUUUGAUGUGGCUGAAUCUGACCCAGGAUCAUCUAUGCAGUCUGUAGUUGUCAGUGUGCUGGUGUUUAUGUGUUUGGCUGGUCUUAUCAUAACUGCACUCAUCAUAUUGAGGAAGAUAUGUGCUGCUGAACGAGACAUCACAGUGUAAAUAUUCCUCUACUUCAUCUUCCGUGCAAGAUGAAAAAUAAAAAGUGAGUCUAAAUGGCCCCACAUUAAGGUCUUGUCAGCACAUUUGGCAUCUGCUUAGUUGAUGCCAUGUAGUUUUUGUUAUAAUAAUGACCAUCACGAUGAAACUUGAUUAAAACGACAAAGGAAUUUAACAAAGGUACACAACAAAAAGACAGUGUAUCGUAUGCAAAUCUCCUGCUGUAUUACUGUUUUUUUUGCAGUGUAAUCUGUGCUUUAUUAUUUUGUUAUUUUCUACUAUAUAUAUAUAUAUAUUGAACAUAUUUUCAAAAAUUGUUAUAUUUUUCAGAGAAAGGCAUUGCAUUUUUUAUGUUUUUAUCUUGUUUUACAUAUGCAUAUCUUUUAAACUUCAUAAGUUUUUGCUGUAAAGAAUUUAAUUUAUGAAAAAUAAUGGCGUAUAAGGCUGCACUGCUCUCAUUUGGUUCAACAAUGUGUCUAUGCAACAAGGAUUUGUAUUUUUGAAUGCUUAUAUAUUUAAGUUUAAAUUGUUUCAAUUGAUUUAUAGUUUUU